AUGUCACCAACAGAGUGGUGGGGGCAGUGUUACUAUGUGGUCUAUCUCAGAACUGAAAACGCUGCUCAGUUCCGUCAGAUUAUUGGGAAAAGCCCACUCCAGCCCCUCCCACCAGAAGACCAGAAGUGUUCUCCGCUGCGGACUGUGAGCCUGCCCUUGGACUGGCCCCGGCACAGUGGGGCACUUACUCUGGCCUUGCAGCAAGCCUUAACAGCACUGGGCUCCUUUCUGGCGCUGGCCCUCAGUCUUAGAUGCACUGAGGCUAGCUUUUCGACCGGGAGGCAGACUUUCGACUUGUCAGAGCAAAAGUAUGUGAACCUCAGUGAAAAGCAGAGCAAAAGCACCAUUAGCCAGGAGACAGAGAAGAUCCUGACAUGA